CAUCCUUCUCAUCCAUCUCCCCAUCUUUCCUUGUGCUCCUCGUUUGCUCUCUUCUUGGUCAUAUCUCAUCUCUAGACAUCGCCUGUCCAUCUCGACUGUCCAUCUCCAACCCCAGCCAUGCCAAAAUCCCACACACCCACCCUCGUGGUGUACGGCGCCACCUCAUACACGGCAAAGCACCACCUGCUCCCCUACCUCGCCUCGCACCCCGACGCGGACUCGUUCCGCCUCGUCCUCUCGGGACGAAACAUUGACAAGCUCACCGCCGUCAACGACCUGCUUCCUCCGAACGCGGAGCGCGAAAUCUUCCCCCUCAAGCUCAACGACCAGGGCGGCGUCGAGGCGCUGUGCAAGCGCGCGGACGUCGUCCUAAACCUCGCUGGCCCGUACCAGCUGCACAAUGCGACAACGCUCAUCACCGCCUGCAUCAAGCACGGAACGCACUAUCUCGACCUGUGCGGAGAGGUCAAUUUUCUUGCCCGCAUAAUCCCAAACUACGACUUUGCGGCGAGCAAGACGGGAUCGGUGAUUAUCCCGAUGUGUGGAUUCGAGGCUGCGCCCGGCGAUCUGAACGUCUACCACGCCUUGCGCACGCUGCAGGCGCACGCUGGGCGCCAGACGACCAUUGCGGCAGCCACAAACUUCUACGACAUUGCCGGCGGCGUGUCAGGCGGCACGAUGGCGUCAGUGGCGGCGUCGGGGACGAGCGGUGACCAUAUGCAAGGCGAGUGGUGUCUCGUGCCGAGCUCGUGGAGCGGACGCAAGGAUCCGAACCCGUCCAUGCAGCUCGUCUACCGCCCGCCCGUGAAGGUCGCGGGCGCGCCCUCCAUCGGCGGCUGGUACCCCGGCAGCAUGUUGAACGUGACGACCAUCCGCCGGUCGUGGUUCCUCUCGCGCCUGUCGCCCCCGCGGCAUGGCGAGGACGCCGUCUUCGCCGAGGCCAUGACCAACAUGUCUCCCUUCCGUGUGACCAACGUCGUCACCGCCUACCUGUACGGCGGCAUCCUGCUCCUCUUCCUGGGCCUGUACUCGUCGGCGGCAUGGAUCCGCGACGCGCUCGCCGCUUGGAUCCCACAGCCCGGCGAAGGUCCCAGCAUGGAGAGCUGCGAGCGCGGCCACACGCGCCUCACGACCGUGUCCCGCUCCAACGACGGUCGCUACGCCGUAAUCACAAAGUACGCCGCCAAGGGCGACCCGGGAUACUGGCACACGGGCAAGCUGAUGGCCGAGGCCGGCUUGUCCCUCAUCCUGCCCCCGCCACAGGGCACCGAGCUGCCGCCCCUCGCGCGCACAGGCGGCUUCCUCACGCCCUCCACCGGCCUCGGGAUGGUCCUUAUCGAGCGCAUGCGGCGCAACGGCAUCGCCACCGUUGAAAGCGAGGUCGUCGAGCUCGGUCGCCCUGGCGAGCGCAAGAAGCUGCUGUAGAGGUCCAUGUAUUCCUGUCUCGCGAUCGUAGAGCGGUGACGGAGGGCGAUGCUGCUGAGGCCAGACGAUGGAGGGACCAGACUCCCGAGAUAUCCGCGGAUCAGACUUGUGGGGAUGUGGAUCUACACCACCCUGGGAGGCAGCGUUUGUCUGUGCGCAGAUAGGCCCUGUGGGAUGAGAUCUGCACUUGCCAUGUCCACAUCCGAGUGAACAAGGCUGUGCUGAGCUCUGUGCUCGGGAUGCGAUAUGAAGCGAGAUCUAACCUGCCGGUUAAACCACCGCAAGGU